CUUUUCUCUUUUCACAGAUGUUAUAUUUAUAAAUUUAAUCUAACAUGGCAAAACCAGAACCAAUCGCCUACAUCUGGCAUAAGGACUAUGUGAAUGAGUCUGACAGGUAUAUUCCGACAACAAAUCGUAAUGUCAUGGUUCAUUCACUCAUUGAAGCAUAUGGAUUACUGGACAAUAUGAUGACUGUUACACCAAAGAAAGCAUCAAUCCAAGAUCUGGCUGCCUUUCAUUCGAUGGAUUAUUUGAAUUUCCUGAGUAAUCCUGAUUCUAACAGAGAUGAAGAUUCUAUAAAUGACGAAACUGAUGACUAUGGUUUGGAGUAUGACUGCCCCAUUCAAGAUGGAAUAAUUGAAUACUGCCAGCGAGUGGCGGGAGGAACAAUAGAAGCCGCAAGAAUGUUAAACAAUGGUUUUUGCAAAACGGCGAUACAUUGGCUUGGAGGUUGGCAUCACGCAAAACGAAGCAACGCUGCUGGGUUUUGUUAUGUUAAUGACUGCGUAUUAGGCAUUAUAGAACUUCGGAAAAAAUUUGAGCGGAUUAUGUACAUCGACUUAGAUUUACAUCAUGGUGAUGGUGUCCAAGAUGCAUUCUGUGGGACUAAUAAAGUUUUAACAUUUUCAAUUCAUAAAUUUGAGCCUGGCUUUUUUCCGGGUACUGGGUCAGACAAAGAGAUUGGUUACGGCAAAGGCAAAUACUACACUGUGAAUGUUCCUUUGUUAGAUGGCGCUAGAGAUGACACAUUUUGUGAUAUUUUUGAUAAAAUUGCACCCACUGUUUUGAAAAAAUUCAAACCUGGGGCGAUUUUGUGCCAAUUAGGUGCUGAUGGUCUUAACGAGGACCCCAUGCAUUCAUUUAACCUAACCCAUAAGUCACAAAUUCAUUGCAUUAGAAAAAUACAAAACUGGGGAAUUCCCCUUUUAAUUUUAGGUGGGGGUGGAUAUAACCCAGCAAAUACAGCCAGGUCUUGGACGAGCGUAACUGCCUCGCUGCUUGGUAAAGAGAUUUCGGAGGAUAUACCAGAACAUGAGUAUUUUCUUGAGUAUGGCCCUCACUAUGAACUGCCUGUCUCACAAAGUUUGAGAAAAGAUCUCAACACAAGUAAAUACAUUGAGGAAGUUGUUUCUUUCGUUGGGAAUAAUCUAGAACAAAUUAAUUGAUAACAUGACUGGAAAUCGGGAUAUUCACAUUCAAUUCCAAAGUCUAAGCCAUUUAGAAAUGACCCU